AUGCCCAAUAGAAGAAAACGAAGUUCAGAACAAAGUGAUGCACUGAAAUACGAUGAACCUCCGAAGUUCGAUAAACUUCCGGACAUUCCUCGUCGAUUUAGCAGAAUUAUGCGUUUCGCAGAGCUAAAGAAGAAGAAUGCCACAAAUCUGACGCAAAAAAAGCGAAAUAAAAACCAAAAAGUUGAAGAUUCGAAGAUAAUACAAAAAUUGCCAGGAGAGACUAUGUUCGAUUUCAGCAGGCGACUAGAUGAUCAGAUGCGACCGAAUAUAUUGAAAGCAAUGAAAGAAGGUUCUACCGCGAAAAAUAAAACAAGAAGAUACCGUGAGAAGCUUAAACAAAAGAAAUUGAAAAAGAGGAAUAAACUUUAUGAGGAGUUGGACGCUAAGGAUUUUGGAAAAUUUAAAGAUCCUGUCAAAUUUGGCGAAGUUGUACAGGCACCUCCUAACAUAACUGCAAUUCCAAAAAAUAGAGGAAGUAAUGCACGCGUGAGUUCAAAGAUGUCGUCGAACCCCAAUUCUCAAAAAUUAGAUGUUACCAAUGAACUCACGCUGAUAAAAGAAAAGAACAAGCAAGAUCGACGGCAAAUGAACCCAGGAAGGAAACGUCUUCUGGAAGUAGAGCGCGAAAAAAUUGUGGCACAAUAUCGAAAAAUGAAAAUGAGAAAAAUGGCAUUGAAUAAAUUAUAA